AUGCUUCGUUCCAAGGGCAAGAAGAAAAACCCGUCGGCGUCGCCGCGGCCGUCCCCACGCACGCCUCCAUCUCGCUCCUCCGCCGCUGGCUCCGGAACGGGCGACGGCGAGAGAAGCGUCGACCUCCCAUCCAUCGCCGCCGCCGCCGCAGCGCAGUUCCCGGCGCUCGUGCCACGCGGCGGCGAUGGCUGCUUCGCUGGCACCGUCACCGAAGUGGCCCCCAGGGACGGGAGCCGCGGCGGCCGCUUGGGGAGGCUCUGGCUCUCCGAGGCCGCUAUGGUCAGCGCCGGGAUGCGGCCCGCGUGCCUCGUCUCCGUCUCACUAAUUUCGACAAGCAGUGAUCAGUUAGAUGCUUUCCCACUAGUUAAUUUAUUUGAGGAGUGCAGCAGAUUCUUUGAUCUUGAUCUGGACAAUGAUCUCCUGCAUGGUGAAGCUGGGAAAAACUUUGUGGUUGCUACAGUUCUCCCCUCGCGUGAGGUUCCAAAGAAUGGUAUCAAGCUCUCUUGGGAUCUUGCUUGUGUUAUGGGACACCCUUUGGUAGGUCGAUCGUUGUUUAUUAGCCCCUUGUGUACACUUCAGGCCCCAAAGCAUAGUAAUGAUAUUCAUAUUUUGCGGGUAAUGAAAUGUAAGAAUCUUUAUCUUAGCCUAGUUCCACCUAAUAUUGGAUCUUCCAAAGGCACUGAAUCAGAGUCUGACUACCAUCCUGAAAGAAGCACAAUGGUUAUGGAGACACCUAAGAGAGGCCCUUCAACUCCACUGCAUAAGAAGGAAUCCAAUCACUUUCCUUCCAAUAGUGGCUCUUCAAUGUGCUUGGAUCCAACCACUGCGAGAUCAGCACUAGCAGAUGAGAAAGUUAAUGAGUUGUUGCAUACUUCAGCAGUACGGUGGCUUAAUGGUAGACACUUGCUUAAAGGAAACUUUGUUCCUCUCUCAAUAUGCGGAAAAUUGUCUUUGUUUGUGGUCAUGGGAGCAGAACCAGAUAGUUCUUCUCAAGAUGUUUCAUGUGAGAAAGGGAAUACACUGUCUAAUGCAGAGGAUUCAACUAAAUCUGGUGAAACCCCAGUUUUCUUCCUUGUUGACGGAACCACAAAAGUUCAUUUAUCUGAUUCUGUCAGCACAAAGCAGCUUGGUUCAGAUAAGCCGGGUUUACCAUCAGAACUUUAUGAGUAUGAUGACAAAAGAAAUGAAGAUUUCAAUCAUGCUCCAACACUUGGUGGGUUAUCUAAAGAGUCAGCAACCAUAAAAGGAAUAAUUUCAUUUUCACUAGCUGAUCAAAUUGGUCUGCCAAGAUACAAAGGUAUUCUUCUUUAUGGUCCACCUGGAACAGGGAAAACCUCUCUUGCUUCUUCCUGUGCCUAUGAUGCAGGGGUCAACCUUUUUACAAUCAAUGGACCAGAGAUCAUUAGUCAUUAUUACGGAGAAAGCGAGCAAUCUCUGUAUGAUGUUUUCAGUUCAGCCAAGCAAGCGGCACCUGCUGUGAUAUUUAUUGAUGAAUUGGAUGCAAUUGCUCCAUCAAGGAAGGAUGGGAGUGAGCAGUUAUCUAUUAGAAUGGUAGCCACUCUGUUAAAACUGAUGGAUGAGAUUGGCCCUAGAGUGCCAUCCCCGGGACAGAGGAUUGACAUACUUCGCCGCCUUCUAAUUGGAGUUCAUCACUCUCUCAGCAAUGAAGAACUUGAGUCUGUUGCUCUAGCGACCCAUGGAUUUGUGGGUGCUGAUCUAGCAGCACUAUGCAAUGAGGCUGCAUUGAGUGCUCUGCGGCGUUACAUCAGCCUAAAGGAAAAUUCAACUCAACCACUUGGUCAUCCUGGCUGUAGUUUUGAGAAGUGUAAGAGUCAGGAUACUGAAGAUCCAAGCUCAUUAUCGUCAUCUUUCUCACAGUUUACCAUAUCAUCAGAUGAUGUUGCCUGCAUGAAGGGUGGUAACAUAAAAAGUAGUGAGUCUUAUGAUGAUACAGAUGAAAUACCACUAUUAGUAACCAUUAAGGAUUUUGACAAGGCUAAAACAAAAGUUAGACCAAGUGCAAUGCGCGAGGUUCUUCUUGAGCUUCCGAAGGUACGUUGGGAAGAUGUUGGUGGUCAGUUCAGUGUCAAGGAGCAGCUAAUUGAAGCUAUCCAAUUACCACAAAAAUGCCCAGAAGCAUUUGAACGUUUAGGGAUCCGACCCCCUAGAGGAUUACUAAUGAUAGGACCGCCAGGUUGCAGCAAGACUUUGAUGGCUCGUGCUGCAGCUUCUGAAGCAAAAUUGAACUUCCUUGCUGUUAAGGGUCCUGAACUUUUCAGCAAAUGGGUCGGUGACUCAGAAAAGGCAGUGAGAUCGCUAUUUGCAAAGGCAAGGACUAAUGCACCGGCAAUAUUAUUUUUUGAUGAAAUAGAUGGGCUUGCAGUAACUCGUGGGCAAGAAAAUAAUGGCACGUCUGUUGCUGAUAGGGUCCUCAGUCAGUUGCUUGUGGAAAUGGAUGGUUUGGACCAGAGAGUUGGCGUUACUGUUAUUGCAGCUACAAAUCGUCCUGAUAAAAUUGAUCCUGCACUUCUGAGGCCAGGUCGCUUUGAUAGGGUGCUGGAUGUGCAACCACCAAACGAAUCUGACCGUGCAGAUAUUUUCCGGAUUCACACACGCAGCAUGCCAUGCAGUGCUGACAUGAAUCUAAACGAACUUGCUAGACUCACAGAAGGCUACACUGGCGCCGACAUAAAGCUCAUCUGCAGGGAAGCUGCUGUUGCCGCACUUGAUGAGAGGUUUGACAUCCGAGAAGUAGCAAUGAGACAUUUCAAGUCUGCGGUCAGCAGAACAAAACCAUCAGAUGUCAAGUUUUUCCAAGAACUUGCAAAGCAAUUUCGCCGAUCGUUGACUUCGCUGAGGAAGCAGUAA